CGCUCGCCGCUUCUGCACCGAGGGAAGGGAGUUAAGGAAGGAGUCGGGGUCCGGGUGUGGGAAAUCAGGGCGCAGUCAGACGGAGCUGGAUCCGGCAGCCAGGUAAUAAUUUCAAGAUGCCAGGGCGUUCCAGUUCAAGUUCUGGUUCAACUGGUUUUAUAUCCUUCAGCGGUAUAGAAUCUGCUCUCUCCUCCUUGAAAAACUUCCAGUCCUGCAUCAGUUCUGGAAUGGACACAGCUUCUAGUGUUGCUUUGGAUCUUGUGGAAACUCAGACGGAAGUGAGUAGUGAAUACAGCAUGGACAAGGCAAUGGUUGAAUUUGCAAUGAUGGAUCGGGAACUAAACCAUUAUGUAAAGGCUGUUCAGUCUGCAAUAAACCAUGUAAAAGAAGAACGUCCAGAAAAAAUACCCGAUCUAAAAUUAUUAGUGGAGAAGAAGUUUUUGGCUUUACAGAAUAAGAAUUCUGAUGCAGACUUUCAAAAUAAUGAAAAAUUUGUCCAAUUUAAACAACAGCUGAAAGAACUAAAGAAGCAAUCAGUGAAACCUAAAGAAGAUGGAGGACACAAUGAGGUCGACAAACUUAAGGAUAAGGAUGCAAGUAGAGCAGGCAAUGAACGAGAUGGUCUUCCAACAGACAGAGAGGCUGAUGGCACAGAAGGAGUUGAUGAAGAUAUGAUUGUGACCCAAAGUCAGACCAACUUCAUCUGCCCCAUUACACAGCUGGAAAUGAAGAAGCCAGUGAAAAAUAAAGUGUGUGGCCACACCUACGAAGAGGAAGCCAUUGUUCGCAUGAUUGAGUCCAAGCACAAGCGGAGGAAAAAGGCCUGUUGCCCGAAAAUUGGCUGUAGCCACACAGACGUGCGAAUGUCGGAUCUCAUCCAGGACGAGGCACUGAGAAGGGCGAUUGAGAGCCACAACAAGAAAAAACACCGGCAGUCCGACUAGGAAAAGCCACCAGCCUGCAAGGAACUCCGCAGCCUACCUCCUACCCCAGACAUCUGUAGAGAGUGAUGCUUGUCCAAGCACUUCGACUGGCUGCAUAGCAUACUUUGGGGUAAAAUUGAAGGUUUUAGUGUAUUUGAAAGCAUUUUUCUAUGUUACAAUAAAAAUUCAAGUAUAUCAUAUUGUUUAUUUUUAAGUGUUAUGUAAUUUUAAAUAAAACUUUGAUUAUC